AUGUUGUUUGGGACAUUUGUCAAUCAUCGCGACAAACUGAGCGAUAUGAGUCAAGCCAACCUCCAACACCCCUCUCGACCCCCAACAACCUCGACCCCAACACCCCUCUCGACCCCCAACAAACCCCCAACACCCCCCUCUCGACCCCCAGCAACCUCCAACAUCCCCCUCUCGACCCCCAACAGCCCCAACACCCCUCUCGACCCCAACAACCUCCAACACCCCUCUCGACCUCCAACACCCUCCAACACCCCUCUCGACCCCAACAACCUCCAACACCCCUCUCGACCCCAACAACCUCCAACAUCCCUCUCGACCUCAACAACCCCCACCACCCCCUCUCGACCCUCGACCCCAACACCCCCAACAACCUCCAACACCCCUCUCGACCCCAACAACCUCCAACAACCACCCUCUCUCGACCCCAACCUCCAACACCCCCUCUCGACCCCCAACACCUUCCCGACCCCCAACAACCUCCAACGACCCCCCAACCCCCCUCAACCCCAACACCCCCUCUCGACCCUCCAACACCCCUCUCGACCCCCACCUCCAACACCCCUCUCGACCCCCAACAACCUCUCGACCCCCAACAACCUCCAACAUCCCCCUCUCGACCUCAACACCCCCUUCGACCCCAACAGCCUCCAACACCCCCCUCGACCCCAACCCUCUUCCGACCCCCAACAACACUCCAACACCCCCUCUCGACCCCCAACAACCUCCAACACCCCUCUCGACCCAACAACCCCCACCAACCUCCCCCCUCUCGACCCCCAACAACCUCCAACACCCCCCGACCCCCAACACCCUACACAGCGACCCCAACACGCUCGGCCAACACACGGGAUUUCCACAUCACUCACGCCAGAAGAAAGAAAACGGGCGAUCUUCUCCUUUUUUUUUACGAGGGUAGACUUCGGAAAUUAUUCAAGCGUUGGUCAACCCCUUGUUUCUCCUUCGUAUGAGGUCAUAUGGCGAUUACCCAAAGGCACGGAGGGCGGGUCUCAUGCCUUGUGGGGAGUGAUUGGUCAGCUAUGUCCGGGAUUGGGUCAUGGCUAA